GCCCACGCCCCCUCGCAGCAACAACGACAACGACAAUCGAAUCCUCAACUAUCGCUCAUGGAGUAGGCUUGCAUAGUCUUUUCUUUAUCGAAUUUUUUUCGAGUUCGCUCUUUACAUAUUCGACCGUCCACCGUCGCUCAGACCGCGUUGUUUACAUUGUCAUGGCCGCUCCCGGCGCAAGGGUGCUGAAGCCAGUCGGCUCCGCAACAUGGAUCUCAACAGAAAAGGAGAAUGCUAUGAACCUGGUGGAUCAAGAGAUGGAAGAAGUGGAAUAUCCCGUCCGCAAUGAAAUGGAGUGGUUAAACGAACACAUGGCUGAGAUCUUCUCUAGCAGCCAUUUCAAUCUUACCGACGCCUUCAAGACCCCUGGAAAACUGCGCGGUAAGACACCUAGAACAGCGCGGAAAAGGAAUGCGGAUGAAACUCGAAUGCCCUUGAGUGAAAUAUUUUUCUCUCACAACCAGAUGGAAGCGAAUUCGAAUGCUAGUCCCAUGAAUCUUCGCUCAAUCGCACAACCAAUCGCCACCACAACCACAACUCCUGCAGCGCCAACUCCGAUAACCAAAAGUCCAGCAGAGGCCCAGUCGCGCCCUCAAUAUCCCGACCUUACUAAAAACCUAAACUCCUUUUCGCAAUAUAAUACUGAUUCCGGUUACCACGGUAUGCCGGAUGAUGGCACUGAAAUUGCGACCUCCCAGGCGCAGCCCGAGUCUCAAACGUCGACUCAGCCUUUGGGAGAGAUGUCUCCCGCUGCGGCGCCACAUGCGCAAACAAGUCGUGCAUCGAUCAAUCGCCGGACAACAGAAGAUUCCUUUCACUCAGCGCAGGAGGAUAUUCGUCUUCGUGGGCAGACUGUAGAGCCAAUGGACGUUGAUCCUACACCGAACCAGGAUGCUGAUGUGCAGCCUCCGAAGUCUCAAUUGGAAGAACCCGAAAACUAUGUAUCUGCCAAGUCAAAAACUGAAAUUCAAACGACGAAGCCUGAACCGACAGAGCGCGUACCAGCUGGUCCUGGGUAUGAGUCCACGGAGUCAGAUCCUAAACCUGCAGAUCCAGAACAUACACCAGCACAUAAUUCUACACAACCUAAAUACAAACCAACAAAUUCAGAUCAUAAGACAAUGCCUAAUCCAGUUCAAGAAUACGGCUCUAAACAAGAACGAAAACCUGUGCUAGAUGAGAAAUCGUCUCCGAAGACUCAGGCGGCCAAGGAUGACGAGUCUGGAGAUGAAAUGGCGGACGCUGGAAAAGAAGAUACAGCUCUUGAUACUCUUGAUGACAUUGGCUCUCCUUCAGAAGGUUCCACACCUGAACCAGUCCCUGUCCGAAAAAGCAGCUUGACUUUCGCAUCACUUCCCGCACGAGAUCCCCUACCAACGAAGAAGAGCCUUGGUGGUGCGAGAAUCUCCAGGACAAGUCAUGUGAAUCCGCUCAAUGCUGGCCGUCCUAGUUACCUUGGAAGACAGACUGGAGGACACAGAUUGACUCAGUCCGUGCGGGAGGAUGAUACAUUGCAUGGCGAGAAAAUGGAUGUCGACAAUGAAGAGGGCGUCUCGCACACGAACACCGACGACGACAAUAGAGCCAGCCAAAUGCACAGCAAAUCAUCUACUCAGAGGCUUCAUGAAAAGAUCAGUAUGCUCGGCAAGCUCCCGCCGUCACGGCCAACGAAGUCAAUCCCGUCUGUUACUGGCUUGUCCUCUACCCAGGUGACUUACCCCGAAUUGUCAUCGACGAAGGUAGAGCAGAAGGUGGAAAUGCCAAUCCAGAAAUCCCAUGAGGUCCCGCCUGUCAAUUCUGCGCCGGCUCAGAAUGAUGACCGCGUCAAGCCCCUGGAUACCCCUCAUACUCCUCGUCAUUUCCAUUUUCAUAGGAGCCGUACUGCCGAUAUCGUGGAGAAGGAUACGUUGAAAACAAUGGAGGCUAGAGACUCCCCAGCAAAUAGACCUACGACCUCGAACGAUAUUCAACGGCCAAGAGCAAAUACUGCUAUGUCAUCUUAUGAAAGGCCCACAACUCCAUUACUCUCGACGCCACGGCAAUAUGGUCAUCAAAAAAGCCCGUCAGUGUCUAAUUUAGCUAGCGAAUCCCCCACUCCUGGAGGGUCGCCUCGGCGAUACGAAGGCCCAUUGAGCUCAUCUAAGUUUAAACUUCAAUCCCUCAUGAAGUCUGCUAAGGGGUUGUUUACAAGCAGCGCCAGUGUUUCCGCUAAUGCAAGAACGGCGACUUUAUCUCCCACUCCCUCACGGGAAGAACACCGUAACCGUGUGAACGCCCAAACCCAUGUCCCUGAGGAAACCCAGAGGUCGCCAUCAGUCCAGCGUUCGAGUCCCCCAAGGCAAGAAGAUGGUCGCCGAACGCGAAGCUCGACAGAAAGAGAAGAAAAGAGACGGCAGAAGGAACUUGAAGAUCACCGACGGGAAGAAGAACGUUUGGAAAAACUUAGAGAACAGGAAAUGGAAAGGCACAGGGCCGCUCAGGAGGCAGAGGAACGUCAACGUGAACGUGAACGUGAGAUGUCAGCACAUGUUCCCACGACCAUACCUAAUUCCAAGAAGGUGGCCCAGCCGCUGCGACAAGCGUCUAAAGAACCGGAACCUGAUCAUGAUGCUGGCUCGAAACAUAACGUUGCUCCUAUUCCAAACCAGCAAGUGCGGAAGCCAGCAGACCGUCGUCCCGUUAAGCCUACACGUGAGCCUGUUCAAAAGUCACAGCCGCAGCCGGUUUCCAUUCGCGUGGGGAGCGCACUUUCUCGUCAGAUUCCUCUGGCGUCAGCUGCGUUCUCUUCAAGCGUUCAAGAUUCAAACCCUGCGGCGCCGACCCCUGGUCCUGCCUCUACUUCGAAGCCGUCAACAAUCAAGAAAAAGCCUAGCAACGCAUUGUUACAGACAACUUCUUCAACUAGCAGCUUCAAGAGCACAAUCUCCAGUCAGUCACAACGCAAAGCUCAGCUGGCAAACGAACGCAAAAAGGAACAGGAGGAACGUGAGGCAAGACGGAGGGAAGAGCAGAAACGCGAACUAGCACGCAAACGAACUGCUCAACAGCAACAACAAGAAGAAGCCCGCCGUCGAGAGCGGGAGCGUCUUGGAGAGGAUCCUAGGCGGGCUGCCCAGAUGCAGGAGAUAGAGAAACGAAGGUUGAUGAAUGCGAGGAAAUUAGAAAGGCCGGGGAGCCAGCAACGCUCUCAUGAACUGGCUUCGAUGAUCCAACAUGAGAAGGUGGCCCCAACGCCGUCACAGCGCGGAGAUCUAGCUCCUCCCUCCAGGCCAACUUCACGUCUUGGUUCCAUUCAGUCGUUUAGCCGACCGAUUCACACUCCAGCACCAAAUCCGGCCAAGCCACCAAAAAGACGUCUGGAUGAAGAAACCGAUUCUCGUCCCGCAGCACCGAAGUCCAGCAUCAUACAUCCCUCUGGUGAAUCAAAGCGAAGGAAGACAGAGGAUGAACAUCAGAACAUGGUCCCUAUCCGACCGACGAUGGCCCCGCCUAUUCGCCAAUCCAACAUCCGCAAGGAGCCUUCUAAGCCUUCGCUAUUCGGUCAUGGCCAGCAUUCCGUCUCACAUCAGCUUGGUCCGUCGGUUCUCAAGGCUGCACCGCAUACUGGUCCGACUCAACCUCAGAGACCUGCACACCCGUUGGACAUGGCGAAGUACACUAGUGGUAAGAUUCCGUUUGCCGAGCCCUCGAACGCGCCGGCCCCUCAGCAGCAUACUAGCUCCAGUUCCCAACGCGUACCGGCAAAAGCAUCGCCGAAGUAUCCUAACGGUGAAAACAUCAAACUUCCCGAAAUCCCGACAGAUAGUGAGGAAGAAGAUUCGGAGACUGAAAUCAUGCCCGUUCCAAAAUGGGCUCAACCGAAGGAACUUGAGGCUAUCCUCCGCCAGCAAGAUGGAAUGGAGACUGAAUCAAUCUUCGGACCAAUCGCGCCGUUUUCCCUCGAGGACACCUUCAAGUCCGAUAAGAGGAUCAAGAAGUUUCGGGAACGAACCAGUAGCGCUAAUUGGUCUGGCGCUGAUGGGUUGACGCAGGAAGAGGUCCGGCGAGAUCUCGCCGAACGGCAGCGACUGAGACUUAAUGGGGGCUGGAGUAUGCAUACUAUGGGCCAGUGACAUUUGAAUCUAUUGGUGUGUGAAAAAUGCGAUAUAUUUUUUAGGCGUACUGAUAUAUUGUUUGUUUGUUCCUGUAUCUGUGUUAUCGUCCCUUGGUUACUAGGGCUAAUGCUGGGUGUUGAUGUUUGGGCUUGGCGUUAUAUGGGUUUAAGUGCUCCAUGUGCAUAUACGUCUAUUCGUCAGUUCUGGUUAUUUGCAUUGCAUAUAAAUACUUGCCGAGCGGAUUUAUGAUUCAGUUUGUGUAUUUGUAUUCGUACAGAUGGAUGAGAGGCUGUCCAUGGACAACUAUCUUUUUCAGGCCUUCUUACAUCUGCUUCGUUCCAUGUCCAGCCUCCCCUGAAGCAGGGGUUUUAAUUAAUUGUCUUUGGCCUUUAACUUCCUCGUCGGUGAUAAGUCCAUUCAGUCUCGUCUUUCUGGACUCCGGGACGUACAUCUUUCGUCCGGCGACACCAAGUCUGCCUCAAAGCCG